AUGAGGAUGCAAUCCGCUUCGUGGACACCUCAGCAGGAGGCAUGGCUCCUCAUCGGCUACUUGGAUGGCGCAGCACGAGAGAAAGUCGAGGAGGAGACUGCGAGAGCUACGACGCCAUCGUCGCCCACCUCAGGAAGUCGUUCGAAGGACCUCAGUACGGGUACACGGCGCGGCAGGCUCUGUCUGCUUGUAAGCAACAAACAGGUGAAUCUUCUGCUACAUUUGCUAACGUCUGCUCACUUUGGUCCGUGCACCCACUACAAGACAGGAUCCAAUUACCCAGAAGGAGAGUGUCUUGGAGGAGUUUGUCGCACGUCUUCGUCCACAUAUCAGAGGCAGCGCAACGAUGAAUACUCAUGAGACACUCAAGGAGGACCCCUUCUUAUGAUGUGCGUUCUCGUUCGCUUGACCGUCAUGUGCCUCAUUCUUCUCCAUCUUCUGAGCUGUAUCCAGCUCGUCGCACUGCAGCUACAGCGCAGGUAG